AUGGAACGGAAAAGUGUACCAGUCAGACGUAUCCUCGGUAAGCCACAGACAUUGCGUGGUCCAGCCAAUAACUUUCACACAGAGGAAGCCAGCCAGUCUCGUGCUGCGCAUUUAGUUCUUACUAAAGUGCAGCGAAGUGGGCACAAGCACCUUGAUGUCAACCAUCAAAUCAGGGGCAAGCCAGACUUGAACACAACACUGCCAGUUCGACAGACGGCCUCUAUCUUCAAGCAGCCAGUGACCAAAGUAACAAAUCACCCUAGCAACAAGGUGAAAACAGACCCACAAAGAGCUGUGGACCAACCAAAACAGUUGUUCUGGGAGCGGAAGUUGAGUGGCUUAAGUGCCUUUGACAUUGCAGACGAGCUGGUGAAAACAAUGGAUCUUCCCAAAGGCCUCCAAGGUGUCGGUCCCGCGAGUUCUGACAAAACGCUCCUGUCUGCCAUCGCCAGCGCCCUUCACACGAGUCCUGCGCCCGUCACCGGGCAGCUCACGGCCGCCGUGGAGAAAAACCCGGGAGUGUGGCUGAAUACGACGCAACCUCUCUGCAAGGCGUUUGUGGUGACUGAUGAUGAUAUCAGGAAGCAGGAGGACCUCGUGCAGAGUGUGAGGAGGCGGCUAGAGGAAGCGCUCAUGGCGGAUAUGUUGGCUCAUGUCGAGGAUGCCGCUGUGGAUCCGGCGCCCAGCACGGUAGAAGAAGAGGAGAAGAAAGAGAAAGAGGAGGAGGAGAAGGGGGCUGAGGGUGUGGAAAAGGAGGAGUUAUAG